AUGAGCGCUUCUCAAACGCCUGCUGGGGCAACUUGCCCAGCUGAUGGCCUUCAGCCGUCCCAUACCUAUGUGCCAAACCAGGGAUAUGUGAACCCUGAGGGUGCAAUUCCAGCCGUGGCGGGGCAGGAACCCACCGACCAGGAAGAGGGCGAAGAGGAGGAUGAAUACUACGACGAUAUUUUCCAAGAGGAGCAAUUGGACCAGGAGGAUUUCCAGUCAUCCGAUCCCGCAGAUCUUACAAAGGCCUACAACCGCCAGCGAAAAUUGAACGAUCUCGCCGCCGAUCCCAAUAACCCCAGGUGGUCCUACCCCAAGACCAACACUCAGAAGCCGACAGUCAACACGUAUGCCUCCGUCGAUGACCAGGUCAAGUCUCUUACGCGACAUGCCGCGAAGAUCAAGCUGGAUGACCAACAAUCUGGUUUGUCUGGCGGUGGUGGACGUGGUGCAGAUCGGGCGGACCGCGCUACUUCAGAACAGGUGCUGGACCCCCGUACUCGCAUGAUCCUGUUGCAGAUGAUUAAUCGAGGACUCGUGUCGGAAAUUCACGGUUGUUUGUCGACUGGUAAGGAGGCAAACGUCUACCAUGCCAUGUCGUUCCCAGAUGAAGACCAUGAGGCUGCCCCGCAGCACCGUGCGAUCAAAGUUUAUAAGACCAGUAUUCUGGUCUUCAAGGAUCGUGACAAGUACGUGACUGGUGAAUUCCGAUUCCGUCAAGGAUACAACAAGAGCAACAACCGGGCAAUGGUAAAGCUUUGGGCUGAGAAGGAAAUGCGCAACCUGCGGAGAAUAUAUGCCGCCGGCAUUCCUUGUCCUGAGCCCAUCUACCUCCGUCUACACGUGCUUGUCAUGGGCUUCAUCGGCAGCUCGAAGGGAUUGGCCGCUCCCCGACUGAAGGAUGUUGAGUUUGAUAUUCCCGAGCCCGAGACCCGCUGGCGCGCUCUGUACAUGGAGUUGCUAGGCUGCAUGCGCGUGAUGUAUCAGACCUGUCGCCUCGUGCACGCUGAUCUGAGCGAGUACAACAUUCUUUAUCACAAGCAACGCCUGUACAUCAUUGAUGUCAGUCAGAGUGUUGAGCAUGACCACCCUCGAAGCUUGGAGUUCCUUCGUAUGGAUAUCAAGAACGUGAGCGACUACUUCCGUCGUAAGGGCGUUGAUACCCUACCUGAGCGUACGGUUUUCCAGUUCCUUCUAUCUCCAGAGGGUCCGAAAGACAUGACGCAAGGCAAUGAGGAGAUGUUUGAAGCAAUUGAGAAGCUUUUCGCUGCUCGUGUAGAGGGCGGUGACCAGGAGGCUGAGGAGCUCGAUACCGCUGUUUUCCGACAGCAGUAUAUCCCUCAGACCCUCGAGCAAGUGUAUGAUAUGGAACGUGAUGCCGAAAAGAUUCGGGAUGGCUCGGGUGCCGACCUGGUCUACGGAGAUCUACUGGCAACUGGCAAAGCCAAGCCUGCCAAUGCCGAUGCUGAUGAAGAGUCCGAUACCAGUGGCGGUGUGUCUGUAUCAGGCUCUGAAUCGGGUGACGACGAGGAGGGUGCUGAGCAUGAUCCCUUCGCGAAGAAGGCUCCCCGUGGCAAACGCUUCGAGGACAAGGACGAGAAGCGCGAGCACAAGGCCAAGGUCAAGGAAGAGAAGCGCGAGCAACGCGCCAACAAGAUGCCAAAGCACCUCAAGAAGCGUCUAGUCUCAUCUUCCCGAAAGAAGAAGUAG